CUUCAACACCAAAGAACCUCCAAUUUGUCGAUAAUCGCCUCCCACAAUCUGGCGCAUAAUUGAACCACCAUGGAGUCCAGUUCAAAGCGCCGGAAGCUAGACCACUCUUCAUCUGGUCUGAGACACGAUGCUCUCAUUGAUUUCGAGGCUCGCAGCUCUGCCAGAGUCUCAACCGCUAGCACUUUUGUUCUCCAAACAGACGAGCUACUCAAAGAGGCAAAACUUGACUACGGAAAGGCAUUGAAGGAUGCUGAUGCAAACCUCCAUCGACUGAAGGAAGCCAUUGACACUGCGACUCCCCACGGACCCGAGCCUAUCGCUGAAGUCACGAGUCGCUUUGAGAAGAAGCACCGCAUUUUCAUUCCUUAUCCCGAUCCGAAGCCUGCUAAAGAUGCUCCUUACAAGCUUUCUUUUGAGAAACCAGCUUCAUACAAUGUCGUUGGUAGCUAUGUCGCCAAGACCAUGAUCAAAUCCCAGGCGCAAUUUGGCAUCGAUAUGGUAGUUCAGAUGCCCAAGACCAUGUUCCAAGAAAAGGACUUUACAAGUAUGCGAUAUUUCUACCGCCGAGCAUAUUACAUCGCAUACAUUGCCGCCAAUGCCAAGAAAGAGUUGGGAGACUCGAUGGAUAUCGGCUUUGAAUACCUGAACGAGAACCCGCUUCUGCCUGUACUUGCACUUCGACCCAAGCCCGAGGAGGAGGAGACCGAUGUCAAUGAGGCCAAUGGGAGAGCUUCAAAGAAGAAGGCGAAGGUUGCGGAAUCCCCGUAUACUAUUCGACUCAUCCCUUGCGCUCCAGAUGGUCUCUUCCCCAAGUCGAAGCUACUUCCUAGCUCUAACAACAACCGAAGUGGAGAGUCCGGUGGCAAGAAGACCCAGACCGGAACUCCUUUCUAUAACUCUACUUUGAAAGCUGAGGAAACGUUCAUCUCUUACCUGCGUGUUCUUACGCACGCCAAAAACGAGUGCCCCGCCCUGACUGAUGCCUGUGUAUUGGGAAGAAUUUGGCUGCAGCAGAGGGGUUUCGGGAGCUCCAUCUCGCAAGGUGGGUUUGGCCAUUUCGAGUGGUCUAUCAUGAUUGCUCUCUUGCUUCAAAUGGGUGGACGAAAUGGACAGGCAGCGCUUUCAAACUCUCUUAGCAGCACUGAACUUUUCAAGGCUGCUGUUCAGUUCCUUUCGACCACUGAUUUCAAUAAGAAGCCUUUCGUUUUUGGAUCCUCGAAGAUAAGUGCCGACUCUGUCCGAGAAGCUGGCCCCGUCAUGUAUGACCCAAUUCGAGAACUCAACGUGCUGUCAAAGAUGAGCCCCUGGUCUGCGAGUCUACUUCAAAUGCACGCCAAGUCUACCACCGACCUCCUCGCUGAUGAAGCUGCCGACAAGUUCAACCCGACAUUCAUUAUCAAGUCUGAUGCUCCCCUGCAGACAUUCGAUGCUAUCUUCGAAAUUAAGAGCAAGGAUAUUCCUAAGUCUAGUAGCUCUACUGACUGCAGAGGACAUGCGUGGGACUUUAGCCUAGAAGCACACAAGGUACUCACAAAGGCCUACGGCACUCGUGCUCAUCUGGUGCAUUUUCAAUUGCCUACCAGAGCUGGUUGGUCAUUGGGCUCCGCGCCAACUUCAAGUUCUGGUAAACUCCAAUUUGGGGUCAUGUUCGAAUUCGCCCAGAUGUCCAGACAGAUGGAGCAUGGUCCCGCAGCAGAAGAACAAAAAGAAGCUGCCAAGUUCCGACAAUUCUGGGGCGAGAAGGCCGAGCUGCGUCGUUUCAAGGAUGGAAGUAUUCUAGAAUGUGUUGAGUGGUCAAGCAAAGUUCCGUUCCAGAUCUGCGAGGAGAUCGCGGCGUACACCUUGAAGCGACACUUGAAGGUUGCCAGCGAAAGUAUUAUUGCUUUUGGGGCUGGCUUUUCCAACAUUAUCACAUUCUCUCAUAUGGAUAAGGAGGCUUUCGAUGCUGCUCGAAGGGCGUUCCAGACCCUCGAAUACGAUAUUCGAAAUCUUGAAGAAUUGCCACUGCAGAUUAGACAGCUUUCGCCGGUUUCACCAGCCGCUAGAUAUGCUUCAGUUGAUGCUCCAAGCCCAGGCUUCCACACAGGUACUAUUGAGCCUAUAGAUGUGAACCUCUAUUUCGAGGCAUCGAAUCGAUGGCCUGAGAACCUAGUGGCCAUUCAAGAGACCAAGAUUGAGUUUUUGCUGGAUUUUGACAGGCGUCUCACGGCCGCGAAAGACAACAUUACAACCUACCUUGGCCGGGAUAAUAAGGAGAUUGGUAUCGAGAAUUUAGCGUAUCUCGAUAUUAUCUACGAAUCUGGAGCGGCAUUUAGAUUGAGAAUCCAUGCAGACUUGGAAGAUAUCCUCCUUGAGCGCCAAAUCAAGAACAAAACGCUUGAUGCUCACAUUCGAGAACAGUCGGAAGCAGUCCUUGCUAGGACCAACUGGUUCUUUGCUACCCUGCCAAUUCAUACACAGACUAUCUCAACCUUUUGCACACGCCUCCAUCCUCUAUCACAGACUAUCCGCUUGGUAAAACACUGGUUCAACUCUCACAAGCUUUCAAGCCACGUCAGCGAGGAGCUUAUUGAGCUUUUCGUUCUGCACGUGUGCUUGCAACCAUACCCAUGGAGGGCCCCCACGAGUGCUUCAACAGGUUUCUUACGCACCCUGACAUUCCUGUCGCGAUGGGAUUGGCGUGACGAGCCUCUGAUUGUCGACUCUGCAGAGGAGCUAACUGAUGACGAUCGCCAUAACAUUCGCAAAGAGCUUGAGUCUCGGCGCAAAAAGGACCCCAACAUGAACCACAUAGUCAUGUUUGUUGCUACCUCCAAUGACACUUCUGGCCUCGCUUAUACCCGCAAUGGACCUUCUAAGCUCAUCGCUUCACGUAUGACACGACUGGCCAAGGCUGCAUGUAAGCUUGUCAAGGACAGCGGAUACCGUAUUGAUGCUACUGAGCUUUUCGAAACUUCGCUCGAAGACUACGAUGUUCUUUUCCAUCUUUCUCGAAAAGCUAUUCGCUCAAUACUUCGAGAGGCUGCUUCUGACCCCUCAGCCCGCCGUCACUCCCAGUUCAAGAACCUCGAUGAUCGCACAGGUCGCGCACCACUCCCCAUCCGUGCUCAUCCUGUCGAUGUGUUGAUGGAGGAGCUGCAGCGUGUAUACGACGACUCACUUGUAUUCUUCCGGGGAACCAAUAACAGCGACGAGGACGAUGCUGUGAUAGGGGCGAUCUGGAACCCAAAGCUUCAGCAGCAGAAGUUCCGAGCUGGUCUACCUUAUAAUUUCCACAAAGUAACCGACGAGGAUGGAGAUGUAGUCGUAGUGAACCGUAAGGCAGUGUUGUCAGAGAUUGCUAGGAUUGGUGGCGAUAUGAUUAGAAAGAUUGAGGAAGUCGAGUAAAGCGGACACACGGUUGAUGAUGCGAAGACAUCUUGGAGAAUACCCAUGCAUAUAGAUCAAGAUAUAGACUCAGGCUUUUAUUUUAAGAAACGAUUUUAGAAGUUUAACAUAUAUCAGGCGUCGAAUUUACUUGACAUUUAUGUGGCC